GAUGUGUGUUCACAGAGGCAGUGCAUGGCUGACACAGGAUUGUUAAUGAUACCAGUUUGGAAUACACGGCAGUCACACAGAGAGGAGACAGUGAGAGAGAAGCUCUGUGACCGGCUAAGCUACAGAAAGAGUCACACACAGCCAUCCGCAGACUGGUUCACACUGGAUACAAAGUUUAUCUCUGGUCCUUAGCAACUUACCUGAGCCAAGAUUAUCCUUAACUUGAGAUACAGCAUAUCUGACGGCCACCUAUCAGCACUAUCUGGGCAUCGAGCUUGGGACUGUGCCAGGGCCAUUGGCUCUAUCACCGGGGACUUUCUAAUUACUCUUCAAAUUCACGCUUCCGAUAAUAACGCACAGAUUGGAACUCUGUGCGCAACACAACACACUAUUAGGAUGUGUUUUUAAAAUAUCAAAAAUUUUACUUUUUUCCUUGGGAAUUUAUUUAUUUAAACACUAAGUAUGACCACUCCACCAACUCACCCAGCCAUCUACAUCUCUCCACCGGUGGAUUUUGUGCUUGGUGCAUCGGCAUGCUGUAUGGCUUGUGUAUUUACUAACCCUUUGGAGGUGGUGAAGACGCGGCUUCAGUUGCAAGGAGAGCUCAGGUCCCGGGGGUCUUACACACGCCAUUACAGAGGAGUCUUGCAAGCCAUGGUGGCUGUAGGGCAAGCAGAUGGACUACGUGGACUGCAGAAAGGACUAACCGCUGGGCUGCUUUAUCAGGGACUAAUGAACGGCGUACGCUUUUACCUGUACUCGCAUGCUGAAGACAUAGGACUGACACAGAAACCAGGUGGAAAUAUAGCAGCUGGAGCCAUUGCUGGGGCCAUAGGUGCUUUAGUGGGAAGUCCUGCAUAUCUGGUAAAGACUCAUCUGCAGGCUCAGACUGUGGCUGCAAUCGCAGUUGGACACCAGCACAAUCACCAGAGUGUGAGCAGUGCCUUUGAAACCAUCUAUAGGAAGCAAGGGAUUCUGGGACUAUGGCGUGGUGUAAAUGGAGCGGUACCCAGAGUUAUGGUGGGCUCUGCUGUCCAGCUGGCAACAUUUGCGAGUGCCAAGGAAUGGGUAAAAAGGCAAAAGUGGUUUUCCGAAGACAGCUGGCUGGUUGCACUGACUGGUGGAAUGAUCAGCAGUGUUGGUGUAGCCAUCGCCAUGAUGCCGUUUGAUGUGGUCAGUACACGAUUGUAUAACCAACCUGUGGAUGUAACCGGCAAGGGGAGAUUGUACACAGGCUUCUUAGACUGUUUUUUGAAGAUCAUACAUAAAGAAGGGAUUCUAGCUCUUUAUAAAGGGAUUGUUCCUGCAUACGUUCGACUGGGGCCACACACCAUCCUUAGCCUGCUGUUUUGGGAAGAACUGAGAAAAUUGACAUAUUAUUAUCAGCACCACUGAGAUUCUACUGCAGAAGGGAACUUAUAUGCCAAACUGGGGGUUGAUAACUUGUGAGCUUGACCAAACAAUCUGGUGAUUAAAACAUCAGGGUGACGUAUAGUGUGGCAUUUUUAAUUUCCACUGAAGAUCUGGAGAUGAGUAGAAAAAUAAAAGGGAAUCAACCCAACAGAUCUCAACAGACAACCCCUAGUCAUAAGGAUGCCAUGAAGGGGUAUCAACAUCUAAUCCUGCAACUCUCACUACCUCCAGGAUCAUGUAAGUGGGAGAACUAAGCCUGAACUAAGAUUGAAUGUGCUUCCCACCAGCUAUCAACUGGGGCCAGAUUCUCCAUCUACAGCCCCUCAUCAGGAUUUCAGCUCAAUAUUCAGAGGGUGGUGUUAUUUCAGGAUAUCCUGAUUUACCUUUUGAUAUAAAGCAACUUUGUACCUCAUACUGUACCGUGUUUAACACAUUCCUCAAAUUUAAAAUAAAAUUAAAUAUAAAGGUUUGCAUGUUUUGACUAAAAAA